AUUGUGUAAUGGCGCCGCCCUCAGGAUGACAGCAGACUUGUAGGUUUUUCAUUUCCGGUUUAGGAAAAAUGCACCUAAUUCAAACUGACAACAAGUUGACUGCUUUUGGAGUUUGUUGAAAAACAAUACAUCUGUGUGAAACCUCAAGAUGAACAACGAAUCAUCAGGGAGCGAGUUGGACGUUACGGUUGAGAGGCUGAAAAAGAAAUAUCUGGAAAGGAAACGGGUCUCUACAGAGCAGAAAGCACCUGCGCUGAGUGGAAGACACUACCAUGGUGGGCAGCAGAGAGUUGUGAAGUCCCCCAGGUCUAGACGCACCACCACCAGGGAGAUGAGCGGUUACAAUAGAGCCUUACAGGAGCUGUUCCAGGCUGUCACCAACCCUCCAGACAGGUUGUACAGUGACUGUAGUCGGGAUGACAGUGAGGAGGACCUGAGUGAGAACUAUAUUUUCAGCCCUCUCCUGGACACACAGACCCACUACACAGAGACAGAUGUGACCCUGCCCUCCAGCCUGGCCCGUACCUUGGGCUCCCGGGAGACUGAGUCGACCGUGGGCCUGGCCAGAGAAGAGGAGGUGAGGGGGGAGAAAGGGGGGAGAGGGGUGAGGCAGAAGCAGUCCUCCCCUGUCCUCUCCCCCUCCUGCCCCUCAGUGAUGGGACAGGUUUACCAGGAGAUGCUGCACAUCUACCAACAACUACAGGCAGAACGUUUGAGCCAGCUGCAGUGGUCGGCCCAGCUCCAGGACAGAGAGAACAGACUGCUACAGCAAGAGGAGAGCCGCAGUGAAGAGGUGAGUCAGCUACAGGAGCAGCUGAGCGAGAGAACCAGAGAGAACAAGAGAUUAAAGUCCAGCUUCAACUCCAUCAAGGAACUCAAUGACAACAUGAAGAAACAGCUGAAUGUCCUGAGUGAGCAGAACAAGCGUCUGGAGAACCAGUUCAGGAAGGUCCAGGCUCGGCUAGAGAACCUUCAGAGGAAGUAUGAAUACUCCAUGGCACAGAAGGGGAGAGAGAACGUUUGUCAGAAGGCCAUUGAGUCCAAACCUGAGAAAAAAGCCACCUCCAAGCCAGCCAAGGGUAGUGUAAGUCCCACCCCUCUCAGGCUGCUGGCUUUGCUAUUGGAUUGGAUUCUAGACAGACAGACGUUUCCUCCAGUAGCAGGAGACAGCAGAACAGCCCAGGGUCACCAGCACACGUCACCAGUGGUCUCUCUCCUCGACAGGUGCUCUAAGGUUUUGCCUCUGUUGGUUGAGCAGCUGCAUCAGUCCUCUGCAUCACCAGACCCCUCUGGUACCCUGUCCCUGAUCAAGUUUAUAUACUGGAGCCUGAGAGAGAUAGACAACAGCAUACAGCCGGUGGCUUUGUCGUCCACUUUGCGGCGUCUGGGGGAGGAGGUGUCCAGGGUUCCGACCCAGCAGCAGGACCCCAGUAGCCUUCUGAAGACCAGGGGCCCUCUACCUCCCUCGCUGUACAGGAGCCUCUGUCCCCACACACGUCUCCUGUCCUCCCUCAUCAUCCUCAGGACCGUCACACAGGCUGACAUCCUAGCCCAGGUGUUGGACUCCCUCCACAGUGACCUGGUGUGUGUGGAUGUCCGGGGGCUGUUUCUUCAGUACGGGGGAGUGUCUGUCCUCCUAGCCCUGCUCAGAGGAGGGAAGGGGGGGCUGCAGACCCCCCUAGACAUCCUACUGCAGCUCAGCACAGAGUCACGCUUGCUCAGUGUCUGCCUACAAUGCAGCCUCCUCGAGCCCUGUACAGUUCGGUAUGGCUGGGUUCCUUCAUGCAGUUCACACCAGAAGGUCAACUCAAUUUCCCCUCUGUGGCUGCCCUGUUGAGACGCCUGCAUACUGGGUUCGGUUUGGUCCUAGCAGAACUCAGCUAGGCAAAGUGAACGUCUGUGCCUCGCAUACUCCCUUAAGACUUUUGCUUAAAUAAUCAGAAAAAACUGGCAAAACUAUUGUUUGUCCAUCUUGAGACGCCAUAGCCAGUAUACAUUUCCUCAAAAUGGUCUGAAUGAAUCUAAGAUAACACUAGAAAUGUCAUGAAUUUUUAUGUUUUUUGCCUAAGAUGUUUGGUGCAGUAUUUCUCAAGUAAAAAUGUUUGCAUGAAAACAUGUCUCUCUUUGAAUGACAACAAAAACUUCACUGAAGAACCCCUACUGUUGCCUCAAGAAAACAUUUUGUGGCACAAACACCCGAAGACAAAACUAACAAAAACGUCACAAAAUGUUGUAUGUGCACAAACUGUGUUGGAUGGGAAGCAUGUGGACGCCUUUAUACAGUACGCCUGCGUAGUGUCUCACACACACACACACACACACACACACACACACACACACACACACACACAGAGGUCUGGUUCACACCUGCAGGUUACCCUCUCCCCAGAGUGUGUCCUGUCCUACAGUAGGCCUGCUUAGUGUCUGUGCCCAAGGCAAAGCCCCCAUAUAACGCUCUCAGGCUAUAUUACAGUAAUCCAGUCCAUGUGUCCUAUAGAGACAGGGGGAGAACCAGGGGGGACCAUAAAGAGAACCCCCUCCUCCCUAAAUCAGUCUGGACAUGGACCAUUCUACCACUGACCCAUAGUGUUUGAAGUUUCUCUCCCCUGUCCCACAUACAGUAAGCCUGAAAGAGCCUGAAGAGAGGAGAGGCUAGGGACCAGAUGGAGGUGUCUAGCUCUCUGCUACAGUAACAGGGAUGGACCUCCUGGGUCUCUGCCAGUCUGCUAAAGUACAGUAGCUACAGUAACACCAUGAGGCUGUCUCUAAAGCAGAUUGCUUUUUCAUGCACAAUUACCCCACAAAUUACUCUGCUCCUUUAUUCCCUAUUGAACCUAUCACAGAGAAAAUAAAUGUUUGAAUUGAAUCCCCCAGGUCAUUUUUGUACUUGUUUUUUUGUGCGAGUAUGUCUUCUCAGUCAACUGAACUAGUAAAAUAAAAUGUGUUGAUUGUAAAAAUAGAAAUGUGUAGUAAUUUUGGGGCAGUUCUCUGUUGGUUAUGAGAAGUACUGUGUCAUGUUGGAUCAAUGACUUUGUCACAUAUUCUACAGUCGUGGCCAAAAGUUUUGAGAAUGACACAAAUAUACAUUUUCACAAAGUCUGCUGCCUCUGUAUGAUGGAAAUUUGCAUAUACUCCAGCAUGUUAUGAAGAGUGAUCAGAUGCAAAGUCCCUCUUUGUCAUGCAAAUGAACUGAAUCUCCAAAAAAACAUGUCUACUGCAUUUCAGCCCUGCCACAAAAGGACCAGUUGACAUCAUGUCAGUGAUUCUCUCGUUAACACAGGUGUGAGUGUUGCCGAGGACAAGGCUGGAGAUCACUCUGUCAUGCUGAUUGAGUUUGAAAAACAGACUGGAAGCUUCAAAAGGAGGAUGGUGCUUGGAAUCAUUGUUCUUCGUCUGUCAACCAUGGUUACCUGCAUGGAAACACAUGCCGUCAUCAUUGCUUUGCACAAAAAGGGCUUCACAGGCAAGGAUAUUGCUGGCAGUAAGAUUGCACCGAAAUCAACCAUUUAUCGGAUCAUCAAGAACUUCAAGGAGAGCAGUUCAAUUGUUGUGAAGAAGGCUUCAGGGUGCCCAAGACAGUCCAGCAAGCGCCAGGACCGUCUCUUAAUGUUGAUUCAGCUAUGGGAUCGGGGCACCACCAGUACAGAGCUUACUCAGGAAUGGCAGCAGGCAGGUGUGAGUGCAUCUGCACGCACAGUGAGGCGAAGACUUUUGGAGGAUGGACUGGUGUCAAGAAGGGCAGCAAAAAAGCCACUUCUCUCCAGGAAAAACAUCAGGAAAAGACUGAUAUUCUGCAAAAGGUACAGGGAUUGGACUGCUGAUGACUGGGGUAAAGUCAAUCACAAUUUUGCCUAAGAACACAGCCAUGAAUAAAGAAUGGUACCAACACAUCCUCCGAGAGCAACUUCUCCCAACCAUCCAGGAACAGUUUGGUGACAAACAAUGCCUUUUCCAGCAUGAUGGAGCACUUUGCCAUAAGGCAAAAAUGAUAACUACGUGGCUCGGGGAACAAAAUAUCAAUAUUUUGGGUCCAUGGCCAGGAAACUCCCCAGACCUUAAUCCCAUUGAGAACUCAAUCUUCAAGAGGCAGAUGGACAAACAAAAACCCACAAAUUCUUACAAACUCACAGCAUUGAUUAUGCAGGAAUGGGCUGCCAUCAGUCAGGAUGUGGCCCAGAAGUUAAUUGACAGCAUGCCAGGGCGGAUUGCAGAGGUCUUGAAAAAGACUGGGUCAACACUGCAAAUAUUGACUCUUUGCAUCAAAUUCAUGUAAUUGUCAAUAAAAGCCUUUGACACUUAUGAAAUGCUUGUAAUUAUACUUCAUUAUUCCAUAGUAACAUCUGACAAAAAUAUCUGAAGACACUGAAGCGGCAAACUUUGUGGAAAUUAAUAUUUGUGUCAUUCUCAACUUUUGCCCACGACUGUAUACUUAUGGUUGUGAUUGUAGUCUGUCCAGACUUUUACCAUACUGCCUGACUGGCUCUGAUUUGACUUAUCUGAGAGAAACAUGCUGAAAUCUAUGCCUACCUGUAAGACAGAGUUAACACUGACAAUAUGGACUCUGCUUGACCUGAAAUCAUGUAGAUUUACUCUCGUUUGCUGAGUAGAAUUGAUUAGCAUCUGUACUAGGACUGGAACUCUUCAGCUGGGUUCCUGGUCCAUUAUGCUCGCAGCAGAGGCUGGUUGUACAGUUAUUGGCCCGAUGAUGGGAUGACUAGGCAGGUUAACAGGAGUAGACAAGACUGUGUAGGGUUCUUCAGUGGAACUGUCUGUCUGCCUGUGUGUAACAGUGCCUGUUAACUAUCAUCAAUCAUUUGAAUAGCCACGCUAGCUUCACCCUCAUGUGGGUGCUAGCAAGCAUGCUAGAUAGUGCUAUGCAUCAAUAGCCAAUCCAGUAGAGGCUGGAAGCUAUAGUGAGCUUCGAUUAGUCAAUCGCACCGCAAGAUCAGAGUAUUUGCAUGAAGUUCAGCUUUCCCCAAUUUAGGUCCCGCCCUGUUAACCCUCUCUCGCCCAUGCUCGCAUCUUCCACCUGUCCCCCCGCCUACGUCUCUCCCUCCAUAUAAAAUAAAUGGCUUCCGUUGUUUCAUCACCCACAUCGUCUUCAGUUAACAAUUACCGUAAGGUUCUUCAGAGCAACUGUCUGUCUGUCCGUCCUUCUGUAUACCUAUCUAAGUGUUUCCCU